AUGGCCUACACGCAUAGCCCAAGGUCAACAUUAUUCAUGUUAUGCUUGCCUAGUGCGGCCCUAAUGACCGCGACGGUCUCGGGCAAAGUUGUCGAGAACGCGAAAUGUCGUGAGAUGCCAUUGUCGCCUGCCGAAUGCGCCCUUGGCCGAAUCCGUUCAUUUGGUCAGACGCCGGUAGCUGCAGGUGCAUGGCAGAUACAUAUCACAGGCCGCCGACAGCCCAUCCGUGUAGCCAAACAGAGGCCACAUACUGCGCGCACGUGGCCCAUUCAUUCUGUCAAGUCAAAAGCAAGGCCCUCAGGUACGCAAUCAUACAAGAGACCAACAAAAGACAAGAUCCAUCGCGGACGGGAUACAGGCAGGGAACAGCAUACCAGGCCCAACCAGUCAGCCGGUGUAGCAUGGCACGGAUGGAGAUUGGGAAAGUCAAUAAACGGGACGCUGGACCCAGUUCCGAGCCAGACGGUGCCACGGUGGGAACCUCACCGGCCCACCGCUAUCCAAAAGCAGCUUAACGGGUUGUACGCCCUUGGAAUUGAUGCCAUGGGCCAUGGCCUAGGCGAGCCCCCAAACCCUCCGUGCCUCCCUACUCCGUUGCCCAUCGACAUGGAUAGCGGACACUGGCGGUACCUGUCACGGGCUGUAGCGAGUGGGGUUGAAAUAGGAUCUGGUUUGCUUCUCGGUCUCUGCAAAGACUUUGGUCUGCGGUCUGCUAAUGUUUAUCAAGGCCGAAAGGUUGAACGAUCCCAAGAGGAGCAUUGGCGCAUCUACUUCAAUUAUCUCGAGACGCAGACUCGCCCGGCUCUGCUUGGCAGUGCAGUUGUUUGUAGUCAGUCAGUCUACUGUGGCCGUACGGCACUGGCUGGCAUAUUCUGA